AUGAGCGGUGCAAUUCCUGAAGAGUUUGAUAUCAUCGUUUGCGGAGGUGGUAGCACAGGGCUUGCCAAUUUGGAUCACAAUCUCUCCGUCCUCCUCAUUGAGGGCGGAGAGAACAAUCUCAACAAUCCAUGGGUCUUCCGGCCUGGUAUUUACCCACGCAACAUGAAGCUGGACUCGAAGACGGCCACGUUCUAUGAGUCCAGGCCGUCGGAGCAUCUGGCGGGCCGCAAGGCUAUUGUGCCUUGUGCGAACAUCCUUGGUGGAGGGUCUUCGAUCAACUUCAUGAUGUACACCCGUGCGUCAGCCUCGGAUUACGACGACUUCCAAGCCAAGGGCUGGUCCACGAAGGAGUUGAUCCCUUUGAUGAAGAAGCACGAGACAUAUCAGCGGGCUUCUCAUAACCGGGACACGCACGGCUUUGAAGGCCCGAUCAAGGUGUCUUUCGGCAACUACACCUAUCCUAUUAAGGAAGACUUCCUCAGAGCUGCCGAGUCUCAAGACAUUCCUGUGGUCGAUGAUCUCCAGGACUUGUCCAUCGGCCAUGGUGCUGAGCAUUGGCUCAAGUGGAUCAACCGCGACACUGGCCGCCGCAGUGAUAGUGCUCACGCCUACAUUCAUUCCACGCGGGCUGUGCACUCGAAUCUUUAUCUAGCUUGCAACACCAAGAUCGACAAGGUCAUCAUCGAGAACGGCCGCGCUGUAGCAGUGCAGACUGUACCAAUGAAGCCACUCGAGCGCGCACAGAUUAAGCCUCGGAUUUUCCGAGCUCGCAAGCAGAUCGUGGUUUCUUGCGGAACGCUGUCGUCUCCUCUUGUCCUUCAGCGAUCUGGUAUUGGCCACCCUGAAAAGCUCAGGGCAGCUGGCGUCAAGCCCAUCGUCGACUUACCUGGCGUCGGCCUCAACUUCCAGGAUCAUUAUCUGACCUUCUCGGUCUUCCGAGCAAAGCCUGGAACGGAGAGCUUCGAUAACUUUGUCAGAGGGGACCCCGAGACUCAGAAACGCGUCUUCGAUGAGUGGAACAUCAAGGGCACCGGCCCUCUGGCUACAAACGGCAUUGAUGCCGGAGUCAAGAUCCGUCCCUCAAAGGAAGAACUCGAAGAGUUCGAAAGGUGGCCGACCCCUCACUUCAAGGACGGCUGGAAGUCGUACUUUGAAAACAAACCUGACAAGCCGGUGAUGCACUACUCCGUCAUUGCUGGGUGGUUCGGAGACCAUAUGCUCAUGCCCCCGGGAAACUUCUUCACAAUGUUUCACUUCCUCGAGUACCCUUUCUCGCGCGGAAGCACUCACAUCACCUCGGCCGACCCUUAUGCUAACCCAGACUUUGACGCUGGUUUCAUGAACGAUGAGCGCGACAUGGUCCCGAUGGUAUGGGGCUACAUCAAAUCGCGCGAGACAGCGCGUCGCAUGGAUGCCUAUGCUGGCGAAGUCGCGAACAUGCACCCUACCUUCAACUACUCAUCGCCCGCCAAGGCACUUGAUCUUGAUCUAGCCUCCACGAAUCAGUACGCUCUGCCUGGCAACCUGACUGCAGGCAUCCAGCAUGGCAGCUGGACGCAGCCCCUCUGCGAAGCCGAGACGAGGGCGGACAAGAAGUUCACCGUCUCGAGCAGCUGCAAGGACGUGAGGAAGCCACUUGAGUACAGCAACGACGACAUCAAGGCUGUUGAGGAGUGGGUGAAGAGGCACGUCGAAACGACUUGGCACAGUCUUGGGACCUGUUCAAUGGCGCCUCGCGAGGGCAAUAGCAUCGUCAAGCACGGCGUCCUCGACGAACGCCUCAAUGUACAUGGCGUCAAGGGCCUCAAGGUUGCUGACCUCAGUAUUUGCCCUGAUAACGUGGGCUGCAACACAUACUCGACUGCCCUUUUGAUCGGCGAGAAGGCAGCCAUGCUCGUUGCGGAAGACUUGGGCUACUCAGGCGACGCUCUCAACAUGAAGGUCCCGAACUACCACGCUCCGGGAGAGUUUACACUCAAUUCCCGCCUGUAA